AUGUCCAAAUUCGUUAGCAAGUUACACUUCCAUCGGACUUACCAGCGAGCAGCACGGGAUGAAGAUGCAUCAAUCGACCUUGAACGUCGUGGCACACUUCCACUGCUCAAGUUGAGCAGGUUCGAAACAUGGCCUAACGCUUCCACCCUAGAUGAUAUACUGGAUGUCUCCGGUGAUCGUCUCAGCGACCACGAUUCUGCGGAGGAGGAGGCAUCGAGCUAUGAUGAGCAGAAGGUCGAUGUUGAUUACGUUGUUGUUGAUUUUGAGGGGCCGGAUGAUCCUACAAACCCUUUGAACUGUACGUUUCCGUGGUUAUCGGCAUGCUUGGUCACGCCCGCACUAAAUAUUAUUGGGAAUGACCUCGACAUUCCUGAAGGCCUCGUGCGGCAGCUUGUUAUGACCAUCUUUCUCUUGGGCUACGCACAAGGCCCGUUCGUGCUGGCACCUCUGAGCGAGCUAUUUGGCCGUGUCUGUGUACUUCAGUACGCGAACUUGACCUACCUUGUCUUCAAUACGGCCUGCGGCUUCGCACAGACGAAGAACCAACUGCUGGCCUUUCGACUGUUGAGCGGCAUUGGGGGUAGCGCACCACAAGCUCUCUGCAAUGGCGUCCUCGCCGACUGCUGGCGAAAAGACGAACGAGGCAAAGGCCAAGCCGCCUACGGCAUACUCACCUUCACCGGCCCAGCCGUUGCUCCCAUCGUAGGCGCCUACAUCAGCGCGAACGUCAGCUGGCGCUGGAUCUUCUGGUCGACCUCCUGCUUCGACGUACUCGUACAACUCCUAGCGCUCUUCUUUCUUUCCGAGACCUACCACCCAAAGAUCCUCGCCAACAAGGCAAAGGCGAUUAGACUGGCCAAUCCGACGAAGACGGUAUACACAGUCUACGACGAGCCGGGGAAGAAGUACUCGAAGAUCGUGAGGAAGAGACUCAUCCUGCCGUUCCAAAUGAUGUUCUGUCAUCCCGCUGUGCAGGCGCCUUCGAUUUAUCGAGCGUUCUUGUACGGGAUCAUGUACUUGGUUUUGUCGACUUUCCAGGCUGUGUGGGAAGACAGUUAUGGGCAAAGUACGACGACGGCCAGCUUGAAUUAUUUGUCGCUUGGAUUGGGCUUCAUCAUUGGUUUGCAGAUAAGCCAUCCGCUGAUGGAUAAGCUUUACGCCUAUCUCAAAGUGUACUACAACCAGGAAGAAGGAGUCGCAGAAUGGAGAGUCCCGCCCAUGCUCAUCGGCGGCAUCCUGACUCCAAUCGGCCUGCUCAUCUACGGCUGGUCAGCACAACACCAAUUCCACUGGAUCGUCCCCAAUAUCGGCACAGUGAUCUCCUGCAUCGGCCUCAUCAUCGCCUUCCAGUGCUCUCAAGCCUUCAUCGUCGACGCCUACUCCCACCAGUACGCCGCCUCUGCCGCUGCCGUCGGGGCAUUUCUGAGGACGAUGUGCGGUUUCGCAUUUCCGCUGUGGGCACCUUGUCUGUACAAAGCGUUGGAUGUGGGUUGGGGAAACACUUUGCUUGCGUUGGUGACACUGGUGUUGGCGAUUCCGAGUCCGGUUGCGUUGUGGUUUUAUGGGCAUAAGUUAAGAUCCUGGAGUACUUAUGGUUGUAGAGCGGACUGA